CACUCAUUUCCUGGAGCACUUCCAACCCCACCUCCAGCCCGUGGCCACCCAGCCCUAGUCCUCAGCACAGGCUUGCUCCACCCUCCCCAUCCUGCGCUGCCUGCCAGACCUGAGCUACAGUGAGUGUAGCCAGAGAGAGGGUGGCUCAGGGAGCAGGCAAGCUCCCUGCUGGGACCCGGGCUGCGGGCCAUGCCCGGGACCCUCUGGCAAAAGUGGCUGGCAAGCAAGGGACUGCCCCUUCUUGGAGCAGUGCUGCUUCGGAAGAGAGAGAAGAGGGGACCGCCACCGUUGAGGCAUUGGCGGAGAGAAACCCACCCGUAUUACGACCUUCAGGUGAAAGUGCUGAGGGCCAGAAACAUCCAGCACACCGAUCUGUUGUCCAAAGCUGACUGCUAUGUUCAACUGUGGCUGCCCACAGCUUCUCCUAGCCCCACCCAGACGAGGACAGUGACUAACUGUAGUGACCCAGAGUGGAAUGAGACCUUCCAUUAUCGGAUCCAUGGUGCUGUGAAGAAUGUCCUGGAGCUUACCCUUUGUGACAAGGAUAUCCUGGACAGUGACCAACUCUCCGUACUUCUGUUUGAUCUGAGUAAUCUCCAGCCUGGCCAGCCUCAUACACACAACUUCUCUCUGAACCAGCAGGAUUCACAAGAGCUGCAAGUAGCGUUUACUCUGGAAAAGAGUCAGGUGCCUGCAUCUGAAGUCAUCACCAAUGGGGUCCUGGUGGCUCAGCCCUGUCUGAGAAUCCAGGGCACGCUCAAGGGAGACAAGACAGCCUCACUUGGGGAGCACGGCUCGAGGCAGAUCCAGCUGGCAGUGCCUGGAGCGUACGAGAAGCCACAGCCAGUGUCUCUGCGGCAGACCACGGAGCCAGGCCUACCACCUACCUUCACCUUCCACGUCAACCCAAUGCUGAGGCCCAGACUGCAUGUCGAGCUGCAAGAGAAGCUCCUGGUUCUGCAGAGUGGCCCAAACGAUGAACUGGAGACUCAGACCAACAAGCUGAGCGAGACAGGCAUCUUGCUCUCCUCUCUGCCCCUCGGCCAGGAGGAACAGCACUUUGUGGUCCUGGAGGAGGGGCAGGAGGUGGCUCUGAGUGUGAAGGCAGAAAUGAGCUCUGGGGACUUAGACCUGCGCCUUGGCUUUGAGCUCUGCGAUGGGGAACUGGAAUUUCUGGACAAGAGGAAGCAGGUCGUAUCCAAGGCCCUGCAGCGGGUGAUGGGAUUGCGCGAGACUCUACACUGUGACCAGGUGCCCGUGAUCGCUGUGUUAGGCUCUGGGGGUGGAACCAGAGCCAUGACUUCCCUGUACGGCAGCCUGGCGGGGCUGCAGGAACUUGGCCUUCUGGAUGCUGUGACCUACCUGAGCGGGGUUUCUGGGUCUACCUGGUGCAUCUCUACACUCUACAAGGAUCCAUCCUGGUCCCAGAAGCCUUUGCAGGGCCCCAUUGAACGUGCCUCGGCUCGGGUCUGCAGCAGUAAGAUAGGGAUGCUGUCCGCAGAGAAGCUGCAGUACUACUCCCAGGAGAAGGAGGCCUGGGAGAGAAGAGGCCACAACAUGUCCCUCUCGGACUUCUGGGGCCUCAUCAUUGAGUAUUUCCUGAACCAGGAGGAAAACCCUGCCAAGCUGUCAGACCAGCAAGAAAUGGUCAGCCAGGGUCAGAACCCUUACCCCAUUUAUGCGAGCAUCAAUGUCCACACACACAUCAGUGGGAAAGACUUUGCAGAGUGGUGUGAGUUCACCCCCUAUGAGGUCGGUUUCCACAAGUAUGGGGCUUAUGUUCCCACCGAACUCUUCGGCUCCGAGUUCUUCAUGGGUCGGAUGCUGCGGCGCUGGCCAGAGCCCCGCAUCUGUUACCUGCAGGGCAUGUGGGGCAGUGCUUUCGCAGCCAGCCUAAGUGAGAUCUUCCGGGAGAUGGGAGGCUCGGGCCUGCGCCUCCUGGACCCGUACAAAGAGAGCAUCACUGUCACAGAUGACUACCCAACGUUCCGGUCGCAGGACCAGGACCCCACACGGCUGCGAACCAGGCUCUUCACUCCACAGAACCCCUUCUCUCAGGCUGUGCUGGACAUAUUCACCUCCCGCUUUACCUGUGCCCGGAACUUUAACUUUACCCGAGGCCUCUGCCUGCACAAGGACUAUGUGACUAGUAGGGAGUUUAUGGCCUGGAAAGACAGACACCCCGAUGCCCGCCCCAACCAGCUCACACCCAUGAAGGACUGUCUGCGCCUCGUAGACGCCGGCUUCGCCAUCAACUCGCCGUUCCCGCUGAUCCUGCAGCCCCGGCGGGCUGUGGACCUCAUUCUGUCCUUCGACUAUUCCUUGGAAGCCCCCUUUCAGGUCUUGCAGAUGACGGAGAAGUACUGCCUGGACCGUGGAAUCCCCUUCCCCAGGAUUGAGGUGGGCCCCGAGGACUUGGAGGACCCCCGCGAGUGCUAUCUGUUCACCAAGGCCGAGGACCCCUGCUCGCCCAUUGUGUUGCAUUUCCCCCUUGUCAACAGGACCUUUCGCACCCAUCUGGCCCCAGGUAUAGAACGACAAACAGCCGAGGAGAAGGCCUUUGGGGACUUCAUCAUCAACGGGCCAGACACCCCCUAUGGAAUGAUGGACUUCACCUAUGAGCCCAAGGAGUUUGAUCGGUUGGUGACUCUGAGUCGAUACAACGUCCUGAACAACAUGGAGACUAUAAGGCGUGCCCUCCAGCUGGCUCUGGAUCGACGACAGGCUGGGGAAGGGGUUGGGGGCUGACCUGGUGAGAGUCAGAAGACUGUGGCAGAGAUGUGAUGGAGGGCCCUAGGCCAGGGCUUGCUGAGGGAGAAGACUUUAAGGAGUUUCUCUUUCCUACUUCUUCCCUGAGGUCUCCCAGUCCCCAGAGGUCUUGCCAGUGAACUUGGAGCAGAACCUCCUCAUUCCCUAGAGAAGGUGGGACAGUCUAGCUCUUGGGGACACUGGGCAGGAGAGAGCAGAUUCCAUAUUACGGUGGGGUGUAGUGAGAACCAGGCAUCAGCCUCCUCAGAGGGCCCACCCCCUCCACAGACGAGGAGAACCUCGGAAAACACCCUGCUUCUCAGAGCCUCACCACAGAGAGCUGUGGGCUGAGGAACCAGCCGCUCUCUUCAUGCUGAGACUAGAUGCAGAACCACAGCCACCCACACUUCCACAGUGGCCCAGCUCUGGUCCCCUCCAAAGCUCCUGAACUCAGUGAUGUCAAGAAUAAACAGGAGCUGUGUGGAUUGCCA